ACCCCUGGCCAGCCUCUCUGCUCUUCCUCGAAGCGACACACCGGCGGACGGCGGCGACGGUGGUAAUCGACGGCGGGGGCACCCUCCCGGCGACAGCUACAACCAUGGAAGCUAGGGUUCAUCGCUGCACAUUGGGGAAUUUCGUGUGAAGGACUACUUCUUCAGUCAACAUAUACAAAUGACAUUACAGUAACUAGUUUUGAGCAUCUAUCAUCAAAUACAUUUGAAAGAAUUGUUUUGAGGCAAAAAGGGCAAACAAUCAUAGUUCAAUGUAAAGAGUGGCAAAAGGCAAUUGCAAUGUAACUAGUGGCAAAUUGUCAAAAUGCAAAGUAAAUUGUGGCAAAAUAAUUAAAUUCUCCAUUGAACUCUGUAUCAAUACGUAAUAGCCAAGAAUUCCACAUUUCGUGAAUCUGUGUGUCCUCCCAAAAUAUAUUUUAUGAACCUAUCACUUCCUGACGGGGAUGUGUAUUUAUACUGCUCCUUAAUUUGAACUGUAUGUAUUAGUUCUUUAUUGUCUGGUAUGUGUUCCUCUUAAAAUAUCUCAUUUUCCACUUGGACUGUUAAUGCUCGUGGCAUAUAAUGUGAGGUUUUUAAGAUAAUAAAGUGCUUACAAACCAAAUGUUAAGUUUAUGUGUGGUGAGAUCAUAGUGAGGGUAAGUGUACCAAAUAGACUCGUUUCUACUGAUCAAAUAUGAAAAUGUGUGUUGCUCGUCAAAGUGCACGAACAACCUUGCAUAGUUAGUUUGACACGGCCAUAAUCAUCUCGAAUUCUCGAGUCUGUGUGCUCACAUAGUCUGCUCCCAAAUAGAAAAUUAUUUAUAUGAUUCUUGUUAGCUCAAAGUAUGUUAGUUUUUUUUUCCUCAAAACGUCAUCGCCUCUAAUGGUCAGGUCGAGCCCAGCCUAGCCUAUCACAAGGGUCAACAGGCAAGCGCCGCCAAGAAAUUGAUCGAGGAUCGGGGUCGCGAAGGGAAACGAGACGAGCGGUCGAUAGGGAUGGAGGCUGCGGUGCGGAAGAUGCAGCAGAGGCAGCUUCAGUGAUGUGCUGCGCAUGCUCAAUUCCGCAGCUGUAAUGGGGUUUGAGAAAUCUAGUAAAUGUUCUACACGGUUCACAGUAAGGUGGUUACAGUAGCAAAUUUUAUUGGUUUCAGUUAAAGAAGAGACCAAAAUUUAGUAAUAGUGAUCCCUGAUACUGCUGCUAAUAUGCAAGCUAGGGUGCUCAUUUAAUGUUAGUGACUAGUAGCUACCUAGCUGCAUUGUGAUGUUGGAUUGUCAUGUAUCUGGAGGAUUCAAAAUCUUACUCUGUGUCAUGUGUUGACAAGGUACUUGGAGAUGCUAAAAAUUAUGGUGUCCUGCGGUGUGUGCCCAAUUUCAGGGAGGAUCUCUUGGGGGUGCAGAUGGAGAGCUUGGAGCUCAUAUUUGUUUCAAUGAGGGAGGCUCUGGAGGAGUUCAGUGGCAUUGCCAAAGGUUUGAGCAAGGUACUACGCGAUACUAAUCAGAUGGUGAGGGGUGGAUUGGCAUUCAAUGCGAAACAGUUGCAAUUACAAGUGGGAAUUUUGCCAACUAUUGCGGAUUGCUUGGGUGGGCUACAAACGCUGUCUGAUAUGCACCAGGCUGAGUAUGCGCUAAAAUCAUCAAUCAUCUCUUUGUUGACAUGGAAAAGCAGUUCAAGUGAAAUCGCUGCAAUGCGUCAACUCUUGGUAGACCAACCAAACAUACCGAAAGAUGAAGUGCAAUCUAUUUUCGACAUUAUAUUUGCGGAUGAAAUUUGUUAAGUUGAGUGUGUAUCCUACCAUCGGGAGCCUUAUUGCCAAGACAUGUUGAAGCCACUGUAUUUUGAUCUACAUUCUUAUAUCUGGACAAAGCAUGAAGGAGUCUGCAGUUUCAGGUUUAGUGGCCCCAAUUCCUAUAGCAAUCGUGACAAGGCUGAAAUUAAUUUACAGAACCGUUUAGCUUGUAAACCUGUAAGUCGGUGCAUAGUGCGGUCGACAUAUUGGGAAGUAGCGCCAUUGAUCUGCUGCAACUUAAAGUGGUCUACUGAAAAUAGUUACUGGGAGUUUUUUUUUAUAUAUAAAGCUACUGAGAGUUUCUUGCGUGAA